UCGCUGAGAGACACACUCUGAUGGGAUAGUCCACAGCAAAGCUGUUCCACAAAGACAGACUGAGAAGUCAUGGAGCAAUUUGGCUUCAUUCUCAUGGUCUCAGCUCUCCUACUGUCAAUGACAGACCACGCUCAGUCACAGGAAGAGUUCUCAGGAGAUGAUAAUCGUGGAAGAGUUUUAGUUUUUGACGUUGAUACAUCAACAAAGUUGCCAAAUAAUUCUAAGGCUGUUUUAAAUAAAUCAGCGGAAGGUCUACUCACCAGCAGUUUCACCAGAAUGGUGCUGCCCAGCUUUUAUACCAUUGUCUUUGUAAUCGGGCUCCCAGCCAAUGGGUUAGCCAUGUACAAUCUCAUCACAAAGGCCCAGCGAUUACCGUCCACCAUCUUCCUGAUGAACCUGGCUGUAGCUGACCUGCUCCUGUGCCUCGUGCUGCCGUUCAAAAUUCACUAUCACUUCCUGGGCAACCACUGGCUCUUUGGUGAGGCUCUGUGUCGGACAAUGACGGCCUUCUUCUACGGGAACAUGUACUGCUCCGUCCUGCUGCUCACCUUCAUCAGUGUGGACAGAUACUUCGCUCUGGUCCACCCGUUUCUCUCCAAGCGAUUCCGGGGCAAUGGCUUCGCUGUCCGGAGCUGUUGUGUGAUUUGGCUGCUUGUUGUCGUUGCCAUGUUACCGUUUCUCCUCCGUAGACAGACCUAUCCAAUCCAGAACCUCAACAUCACCACCUGCCAUGAUGCCUUACCAACAUCAUUGGUCACUGAUUAUUUUUUUUACUACUUUUUGUGUUUGGUUGUGUUUGGGUUUUUUAUUCCGUCUCUUAUUACCAUAUUCUGUUACCUGUCUAUUGUCAGAUCAUUGAUAUUGGAAGAAAGCAAGUAUUGUAAAGCUAUAAUGACCAUGGUGUUGGUACUGACUGUGUUUUUGAUAUGUUUCACUCCCAGUAAUAUAACCCUGUUGGUACAUCACUCACCGAUCCACCUCACUGACAGCAAUGACCUGUAUUUACUCUAUCUGAUCUGCCUUCUGCUCAGCACCUUCAACAGCUGCCUUGACCCUUUUAUCUAUUAUUACAUUUCUGAGGAAUUUCGGAAUGAAGUCAGAAGAAUAGUAUUUAAUAAAGUCAAGAAAGGUAAGGGAUCUAGGAAUGGCCUCAUUCAUACGGACAGCUCCACAGCGUCCAGGUCAGCAGCUACGCUGCGGUGUGUUUAACUGCAAUGGGAUUGUCAAGGAGAAAGUGAAUGGGUUCAAUGGAAAAUUUUCUGACAGUACAAUUUCAGGACGGUAAACAAUUAAAGAAGCAAACAGCAUUUUUGGUUUUAUAAAUUAACACACUGGAUGUGAAGGUGCAAGAGGUAUCAGAAAGCUAAUCAAGUUACCAAUCAAGAGCUGUGUGCAGUUUUGGGAACCCCAUGAGGAGCUGCAAGGGCCAGAGAGUGAGCAGUAGAAAUUCACUGGGAUCAGACCGUCAUUCCAAACAGAGAGUAGAUCAACACCAUUGGGACAGGAUCAGUGUCCUUCUGAAGGGUGGGACAGAGAUUUGUAAACUAUGAAAUGCCUUUGCUCAGCUGCAUUAUAAAAAGGCGUGUUCUCUAAUUACAGCAUCAGGAAUUGAGGCAAUAGUUUUAAAUAAUCAAAAACAAAGAGGAAAAGAAUUAGGAGGAAUUCCAUUUUCACAGACAGCUGUUAACAGACAAAUUCCUGUCACAGGAAGUGGUGGAGACACAGACUAUUGCAUCUGGUAAUGAAGAGUUGGAUAAAUACUCGGUCAUGAGUACAAGGACCUGUGGAGUGAGGCAGGUGGAUUAGUUUAGGGAUUGAUACUGGGCAAUGGGGAAAGAGUGCAGCAGUGGUGUUAUUAUGGAGAUUAGAAGUUUGGGAUUUUGGAAAUUUAUGGGCUAAUUUUUCUAUAUUUUGUGACACUUUAUAACUGUAACAUCAAUAUUUUUAAAUGUCCAUAUAACCCUGUCAACCUAUGGAUUCUAAGCUUCUAUGUAACCCAGUCACCUAUAGAAUGAGAGCUUCUAUAUAACCCUGUCCUCCUACAGAUUCCAAGUCUGCUCACUGCGUUGCAGUGAUCCCCUUAAUGACUUGAACUGCUUUCAGAAAUUCAGUUUGAACUCACCUGAGCCAGUCUUACCUCAUCUGCUGUUCUUCAGACAGACAAUGUCAAUGUGAUCCCAGAUCUUACAUCUCGUCCCAGAUCUGACCACCCUCUCAAUGCUGCAAUACUUCCUGGCCUCAGUAGCUCACUACAUUGACCAUUCACCAGGCUCAUCCGCAGUACUCCCCAAGGCCUGGAUUAAUCCCAGUAUUAACACAAACACUCGCCUCAUUCCUGGGAAGUUUAGCAAGGUGUGUUCCCAUGAGGUGGGUAUAGAGGGGUUUCCCACUGGUCCAGUGCAGAUGGGGAAAUGUGUUAUUUGAGCUGGACACUCUAGUGUUUCCCAACAGGCUUGGAAGCUGCUUCUGGAAGCUCAUCAAGUCUGCCUGGGAACUGGGAGUGGCCUCUCAAUAAUUAAUACACAUCCUGAAGACAAGGAGCUGAUAAGAAAAAGCCAGAAGGCAACAAAAAGUGAGGGUGUGGGGGGAAGGAGAAAGUGAGAAAUUAGAACACAAGGAAUGGUCUGUGCUGAUGACACAGAGGGGAAUGUGAAGGUUCAUAUCCCCAUCACUCACCACUGCUGACCCCACACUCUCACACACUGAUAACUCCCAAUACCUCCUGUCACCCCACCCCACCCCCAGUAUCACUGUCCCCCUCCCCCCAGGUCCCUCCUGUAUCACUGUCACCCACCCCCCAGUUCCUCGUGUGUCACUGUCCCUCAGUCCCUCCUGUAUCACUGACCCCCUCCCCACCAUCCGGUCCCUCCUGUAUCACUGUCCCCAUCCCCCCUGUAUCACUGUCACCCACCCCCAAGUUCCUCGUGUAUCACUGUUCCCCCUCCCCCCCAGUCACAUACACAUACCACCCUCUGAGUGAAAAUAUUGCCCCUUAUGUCUCUUUUAUAUCUUUCCCCUCUCACCCUAACUUAUGCCCUCUAGAUCUGGACCCCCCCUCCCUCCCCCCCAGGAAAAAAGACCUGGUCUAUUUAUCCUAUCCAUGCCCCUCAUAAUUUUGUAAACCUCUAUAAGGACACCCCUCAGCCUCUGACACUCCAGGGAAAACAGCCCCAGCCUGUUCAGCCUCUCCCUGUAGCUCAAAUCCUCCAACCCUGGCAACAUCCUUAUAAACCUUUUCUGAACCCUUUCAAGUUUCACAACAUCUUUCUGAUUGGAAGGAGACCAGAAUUGCAUGCAAUAUUCCAACAGUGGCCUAACCAAUGUCCUGUACAGCCGCAACAUGACCUCCCAACUCCUGUACUCAAUACUCUGACCAAUAAAGAAAAGCAUACCAAACGCCUUCUUCACUAUCCUAUCCAGCUGUGACUCCACUUUCAAGGAGCUAUGAACCUGCACUUCAAGGUCUCUUUGUUCAGCAACACUCCCUAGGACCUUACCAUUAAGUUUAUAAGUCCUGCUAAGAUUUGCUUUCCCAAAACACAGCACCUCGCAUUUAUCUGAAUUAAACUCCAUCUGCCACUUCUCAGUCCAUUGGCCCAUCUGAUCUAGAUCCUGUUGUAAUCUGAGGUAACCCUCUUCACUGUCCACUACACCUCCAAUUUUGGUGUCAUCUACAAACUUACUAACUGUACCUCUUAUGCUCGCAUCCAAAUCAUUUAUGUAAAUGAUAAAACGUAGAGGACUCAGCACCGAUCCUUGUGACACUCCACUGGUCACAGGCCUCCAGUCUGAAAAACAACCCACCACCACCACCCUCCGUCUUCUACUUUUGAGCCAGUUUUGUAUUUGAAAUAUUUUGUUUCAUUACUAUGAAGCUGAGAAUAAUGUCAUUGUUGAGGUUCUGCUUGAGUCCAACUCUGUUCAAACCUUUGAGGUGGGUUUUGAGUUAUUGUGUUUGUGUUGUGUGGGAGACCGGGCUCCCUCUCUGCAGGGCAGUUGUUUGAAUCAUUCCUCAGUUGUUGAUCAAAGCUGGUGGUUACAGAAGAAAGUGAGGAUUGCAGAUGCAGGAGACCAGAGUCAAGAGAGUGGUGCUGGAAAGGCACAGCAGGUCAGGCGGCACACAAGGAGCAGGAGAAUCGAUGUUUCGGGCAAAAGCCCUUCAUCAGGAAUGUGGCUGAGAGUUAAACAGGAAGGGGGUGGAGGUAGGGGGAAGGUAUCUGGGAAGGUGAUAGAUAGACACAGGUGGGGGCUGAUGGUGAUAGGUCAGAGAGGAAGUGGAGUUGAUAGGUGGAAAGGAAGACGGAGAGUUUGAGGGGGCAGUGCCGAGUUGGAAGGUUGAAUCUUGAAUAAGGUGGGGGGAGGGGAAAUGAGGAAACUGGUAAAAUCUGCAUUGAUCCCGUAUGUUGGAGGGUCCCAAGGCAGAAGAUGAGGUGUUCUUCCUCCAGGUGUCGGGAGGGAGCAGCGAUGGAGGAGACGCAGGACCUGCAUGUCCCUGGCAAAGUGGGAGGGGAAAUUGAAGUGUUCAGCCAUGGGGUGGUGGGGUUGCUUAGUGACGGUGUCCUGGAGAUGUUCCCUGAAACAUUCCACAAGUUGGUGUCUUGUCUCCCUGAUGUAGAGGAGGCCACAUUAAGAGCAACGGACACAGUAGAUGAGGUGAUUGGAUGUGCAGGGAACUCUCUGCUGGAUGUGGAAGGAUCCUUUGGGGCCUUGGAUAGAGGUGAGGGGGAAUAUGUGGGCACAGGUUUUACACCUCAUGCAGUGGCAAGGGAAGGUUCUGGGAGUGGAGGAUGAAUUGGUGGGGGGGCGUGGAAACAAGAGAGUCAUGGGGGGAAAGGUCUCUGCGGAAUGCUAAAAGGGAUGGGGAGGGAAAUAUAUCUCCGGCGAUGAGGUCUGACUCUCGGUGGCGGAAUAGGUGGAGGAUGAUGUUGUUGGAGGUUGUUGGUGGAAUUGGCCGACAUUCAAAGCUUCAAAGGAUCCUUCCACAUCCGACAGAGAGUUCUGGGCACAUCCAAAUACAGAGUCAAAACGCUCUCAAAUGAGAAAGUCAUGAGAACAUUUGGACUUGAGCACAAAGGAGAUAAUUGAGAAAUGUAUGUGGAUGGGAUAUGUUUAAACAAAGUUUCACAUGCCUCUAUUCAUGAAAGGAAAUCCAGAAAACUAUGGACCAAUGAGUCUCACGUUGAUGGUUGGAACGCUAUUGGGGAUGCACGUUUGGAAAAGCACAGCCUAAUUAGGGGCAGCCUGGUGCUGGGAAGGUUAUGCUGCACUAAGUUGAUUGAAUCUUUCAAGAAGGUGACAAUGGUAAUUGAUGAGGGAAGAGCAGUGGUUGUUGUUUACAUAGAUUUUACUAAGGCUUUUGACAAGGUCCCUCAUGGUAGGCUCAUCCAGAAGAUCAAAAUGCUUGGGAUCCACAGUGACGUGACCACUUGGAUUCAAAAUUACCUUGCCCAUAGAAGACUGUGGUUGGUGGUGGAAGAGAGGUUUUCAGGCUGGAGGUCCAUGACUAGUGGUGUUCCAUAGGGAUCCAUACUGGGACCUCUGUUGUGAUAUAUAUAAAUGACUUGGAUGAAAAUGUAGAGAGGUGGGUUAGUAAGUUUGCAGAUGACAGAAUGAUCAUGGAUCUUUGUGGAUAAUGUAGAAGGUUGCUAAAGGAUAUAGCAGGAUAUAGAUCAGUUGGAGAAAUGGGCAGAGAAAUGGCAGAUGGAGUUUAAUCUGGAUAAGUGUAAGGUGUUGCACUUCGGAAGAUCAAAUGUUAAAGAAAAGUAUCCAGUUACUGGCAAGUCCCUGACCUGCAUUGAUAUGUACAGAGGGAUUAUGGGGAUCAAGUCCAUAGCUCCCUGGUGUGGCCAUGCAAGUAGAUAGGGUGGUAAAGGAGGGGUAUGGCAAUGCUGGCCUUUAUUGAUUGGGGCAUUGAGUGCGAGAGUCAGAAUGUCAUGUUGCAGCUUUUUAAGACUUUGGUUGGCCACAUAUAGAGUAUUGCGUUCAAUUCUGGUCGCCACACUAUAGGAAGGAUGUGGAGGCUUUGGAGAGGGUACAGAAGAGGUUUACCAGGAUGCUGCCUGAAUUAGAGGAUAUGGGCUAUAAGGAGAGGCUCGAAAAACAUGGUUGUUUUCUAUGGAGCAGCAGAGGCUGAGGGGAGACUUAUAAAAUAAUGAGACACAUAGAUGGGGUUGAUGGUCAGAAUCAUUUUCCCAGAGUUGAAAUGUUUAAUACGAGGGCACAUACAUUUAAGGUGAGGGGGGAAAGUUCAAAGGAGAUGUGAGGGACAAGUUUUUUACACAGGGAGUGGUAGGAGUCUGGAACAAGCUGCCAGGGGUGGGGGUGGAGGCAGGUGCAAAGGGGCAUUGAAGGGACUUUUAGAUACGCACAUGGAUAUACAACGGAGGGAUAUGGACCAAGGGCAGGCAGAAGGGAUUAGUUUAAUUUGGCGCAUGUUCAGCACAACAUAGUUUACCAACAGGCCUGUUCCCAUGCUGUACUGUUUUAUAUUCUCUGCUGCCUGAUAACAAAAAAACAAUAAACAAAAUCCCUACUUUUCAAAUUUGCAUAUUUUAAAAUUUCUCAUGAAGCAAAAUAUUUCCAAGUCAGGAUGGCUUGUGGCUUGGAGGGGAAUGUGCAGUGGUUGGUGUUCCCCUGUAGCUGCUGGCUUUGUGGCUGUUGCCUGUUCGUUUGUGGGGCAGUUACUUGCCACUUGUCAGCCCAAACUUGGAUAGUGCCCAGAUCUUGCUGCCUUUGAACUCGGCCUGUUUCCGUAUCCGAGGAGUGGCGAAUGGUGCUGAACAUGGUGCAUCAUCGGCGAACAUCAGUGACCAUCCCCACUUCUGACCUUGUGGUGGAGGGAAGGUCAUUGAUGAAGCAGCUGAAGACGGUUGGACCUAGAACACUCCCCUGAGGAACUCCUGCAGAGAUGUCCUAGAGCUGAGAUGACUGACAACCACAACCAUCUUCCAGCAUACGAGACUCCAACCAGUCAGGGUUUGCUCCAUGAUACCCAUUGAUUCCAGUUUUGCCAGGGCUCCUUGAUGCCACAUUCGUUUCAAAUGCAGUUUUGAUGCCAAGGGCUCACUCCCACCUCAACUGUUUUGUCCAGUUUGGACAAGACUCUUGUGAUGAAGUGUAUGUGGUUGAUACAUAUUUUAGUAUCAUUUAUUUUUAAGUUUGGAUGUUUGAAAUUUGAUUUUGUGCUAUCUGGAUUUUUCUGUGCAUUUGAAGAUUAAAUUGUAUUUCUGAAGCCAU